ACACGCGGGAACCGCGCUCGUCGCCGUCGUCGUCUCACUCGCCCUCGCCAGCUCUAGUACCCCUCAAGACACCAUCUACGCUCGCAAGAACAAAAUGGCUGCGGUGCAGACGCUCCCAAAGGACAUCUCUAGGCUCGGUCAGGAGGUCAAACUCUUUGGCAAGUGGGACACCCAGGAUGUCGAGGUGAAGGAUAUCUCCCUCACGGAUUACAUCCAGAUUCGCCAUGCCGUCUACCUUCCGCACACUGCAGGCCGUUACGCCAAGAAGCAGUUCAAGAAGGCGCAGAUGCCCAUCGUCGAGCGCCUUGUUGACAGUCUGAUGAUGAAGGGCCGCAACACCGGCAAGAAGCUUCUCGCCGUCCGAAUCGUCGCGCACGCGUUCGAGAUCAUCCAUCUCCUCACGGACCAAAACCCCAUCCAGAUCCUCGUCGACGCUAUCGUCAACACUGGUCCGCGCGAGGACUCGACGCGUAUUGGCUCGCAGGGUACCGUUCGUCGUCAGGCCGUCGACGUCUCCCCCCUACGCCGAGUUAAUCAGGCCGUCUCCCUCCUGACGAUCGGCACACGCGAGUCCGCAUUCCGCAACGUCAAGUCCGUCGCGGAAUGCCUUGCAGAUGAGCUCAUCAAUGCGGCAAAGGGCUCAUCAAACUCGUAUGCCAUCAAGAAAAAGGACGAGCUCGAGCGUGUGGCCAAAUCCAACCGGUAAACGGUCUGUUUGGUGUCUGUUGUGGAGGGGAGGCGCGUACAGGUAUUCUGCAUCUUUCUUAUUUCUGCACUUGUUGUCGCUACUAUCACUUUGCUGCCGUACCACCUCACAUCACCCGCGUGGACGCUUUUGACAAGUGUGACUCAGAAUGCGACAUCCACCAUCACCACUACAAACAGACUACGGUGAGCAAUCACGGGACAAUUUACAGUGAGUGGGCGCAGCAGAUGAUCGACAAUCGGUGGCCGUUUUCUGUUCACUGCGAGUACGGGAGACGUUAAUUGAAGACUGUUGAUGCUGUGUUCGGAAGACUAUGUGCACUGACACAAGUGCAGUUAAGACAAAUGAUCCCCCUGAUUUUGUAGAGUAUCUGAUGCGCUCAGCCGUAACCAUUCAAUACACGUGUUAGC